UUCAGUUGGCUCGUCCUCUGACCUUCCAACUCCGGCGGCGCCGUACGUCGCAGCCGCGCGCUAUCCGGAGAGACCUUGAUGGGGCGGCCGGCGCGCUCCCGAUCUCCGGCCACCGGCACGCCUACGGCGGCCACCGAACUUCGCUCCGCCAAGAUCUCCUUCCGCUCCCGUAAAAUCGUCAAGACACCGCCAGGAAAACCCCUCGCCACGACCGCCGUGCCACCACCGGUGCCGGCGCCUCUACCUCCAGUGCUGCCAGCGCUAUCCUCCCCGGGCGAGAUUGCGGCCGCGCUACGCCACCUCCAAGCAGCGGACCCCCUCCUCGCCGCGGUCAUCGCCUCCACUGAGGCCCUCACAUUCGCAGCCUCCCCCUCCCUCCCCGCAUUCCACGCCCUCGCGCGCUCCAUCCUCUACCAGCAGCUCGCGACCUCCGCCGCCGACGCCAUCUACGCUCGCUUCCUCGCACUCCUCCCUUCUGCGUCCGCCGCAGCCUCCGACGCGGUAACCCCGGCCGCCGUCCUUGCCCUCGCCGCCGCCGACCUACGCACCAUCGGCGUCUCCGGCCGCAAGGCCUCUUACCUCCACGACCUCGCGAUCAGAUUCGCAGCCGGGGAGCUCUCCGACUCCGCCGUGGCCGCGAUGGACGAGUCUGCGCUCCUCGCCGAGCUCACCAAGGUGAAAGGCGUCGGCGAGUGGACCGUCCACAUGUUCAUGAUCUUCUCGCUGCACCGCCCCGACGUGCUCCCGUGCGGCGACCUUGGCGUGCGUAAGGGCGUUCAGGAGCUGUACAAGCUGAAGGCGCUGCCCAAGCCAGAGGAGAUGGCGGCAUUAUGCGAGCGGUGGAGGCCGUACCGGUCGGUAGGCGCGUGGUACAUGUGGCGCCUCAUGGAGAGCAAGGGCGCUGCGGCCAAGAAGAAGGGCAAGGCGAGCUCUUAGCUAGUUUGCUUUGGAAGGGUCAUGGACUUUACCUCGGGUCCAGAAUCCCUGUGUCUUGUACUUGGGGUACGGCACACGCCCUGACUCAAUCAUCUUGACGUCGUCGACAAGAUCUUCAUAGUGUAAGCGCAC